AUGCGGAACAUCGAGCUGAAGGUCGAAGCCGAGAGUCUGAAGAAGGAGCUGGAGGAGAAACAGGAGCUUCUGGACCAAGUUCUGUCCACAGCAGACGGGUCGUCCAGCCAGAACGAGGCGGAGCCAGACGGCAGCCGAGCGAAGGAGAUCCUGGAAGCUAAAGUUCAGCUGCUGGAGAAGGAGGCCCAACUGGCUCGGGACCGGGCCCAAACCAUGGCCCAGCGCUGCCUGGUUCUGGAGAGGGAGAUGGUGGAGAGAAUGGAGGAAACAGAAGGUUCUGGUGGACCAGAAGGUUCCGGUGGACCCGGCGCGCAGCGAGCUCCGACCGAUGAAGACAGGCUGAUGGAGGAGCUGACGCAGCAGAACCACCAGCUGGCCCUGCAGGUCCAGGAGCUGGAGGUCAAAGUUCACGACCUUUCAUCGUCUCUGAGGAGGAAGGAGCGGGAGGCGGAGGUAAUCCUUCUUCACUGAGGUUCUGAAACGUUCUCCUAGCAGAACAAAGGAACGUUCUUCACAUCUAAAG